AUGCGGGAUGGGAUCAUCGAUCCCUACAUGCGAACCAAUCUCAGCAGGUUCACUGUGGCAUUUUCUGACCUUUCAUGGGAGUCGGUGCUGGGCGAGCACGUGCCGGAUUUCCCGCAGGCGUGGCAGGUUGGUCAGUACCUGUCGGCUUAUGCGACGAAGUACCUCGAUGAUCAGCAUCUGAGACUGGGUCGGCGGGUAGUUCGGACUGUACGAACGAGGGAGCCUGCAGCCAAGUGGAGGGUGUCGUGGGUCGAGGAGAGGAGGUCUGACGAAUCGGUGGUUGGUCCAGCCACGAGUGAUGCGGAGGUCACUACUGAGGACUUUGACCUGCUCGUGGUGGCAUCCGGAUACUUCGCUCGGCCAUUUAUUCCCGAAAUCCCAGGUUUAAGGGACUUCAGCGGCGUGCUACAUAGUUCGGCCCUCCAAAAAGGUAAUGGCAUUACGGGGAAGGGACCUGAUACCCACCGGGGAAAUGUUGUAGUCAUCGGUGGAAGUAUGUCUGGUGUCGAGGCUGCAUCGACAAUCGCACUUCGCCAUUCUUCGGCGUUACUGGCGACAGGUCUAAAUCCCCAAAGUGCAAACAUAAAGGUCCAUCAUAUACAUUCACGGCCUUUCUGGAACCUACCCACUUAUAUCCCCCAUGAAACAACCAACGGAGUGUCAUUUCUGCCCUUGGAUUUGGCCAUGUAUGACCUAAGUCGGAGGCCUCCCGGUCCGAUCGACUAUACAGUGGGACCGGUGCCGAAGGACAAGGUUGCCAAGAGCAAAGACUACUUCAGGUCUCUCCUUGGGACAGAAUAUGAGAAAAUCGGAUAUUUGGACCAGCCGAACACUAGCGACGACUCAAGUCUUCCACCCCCGUGGGUUGCGAUUGGAAACGACUAUACAGACUUUGUUCGAACCGGGGCCAUAGAAGCCACUAUGGGUCGAGCUGUUUCUGUGGAGUCUGAUCCUGAGACGGGGCUUGCCACUGUCAAUAUCAAGAGAGCCGAUGGCAGCAUGCAGAGUCUCAAACAAAUCACUACAAUCGUAAUGGCAACGGGAUUCACUCCUUUCGAGUCGCUGUCCUUUCUUCCAGAAGACGUGUUGACCAAGUUGGAGUAUACUUCUGAAGAUCCGUUUUUACCAAUCAUUCUAGACAAAGGCGGCACAAUCCGCUCAGAGGUCCCAGACCUUGGGUUCUGUGGCUUCUAUCGCGGUCCCUAUUGGGGAGCGAUGGAGAUGCAGGCUAGAUUUCUUGGCGACGUUUGGAGCAAAGAUAAGCUACGACCUCUCAACUCAGGGUACCAGAUUAAGGUUCUUCGAACUCUGAGGGAUCCUGCUUUAAUUCACAGUCGCAGCCAGUUUCCCAUGGGUGACUAUGUGGGACUGAUGGAGACGUUUGCUAAAGAUCUGGGGAUAGUCCGUACAGAGCUGCCAGGCAGCAAUCGAAGUGGACCCGUCAUCCCUGCUCGAUAUCAUACUAUAGGAAAAUCUUAUUCUACAUCUUCUACAUCGUCAACCAUGGAACUUGAGGUGGAAAGAACAUUGAACGCCCUGAAAGCCAUGUCUCAUCCUGAUCAUGGCGCUCUCAAAGCCGCGCGGGCAUCGGCUGUUUUCCGGGCUCUUCAAGGCACUUGGCAGUCCUUCAAAGUAUUGGCGAAAGGUAGGAAGGACAGGUCUGGAAGCAUCCAUUUCGCUCCACGUUUUCCAUCCAGCCCUGGCUAUGAACGAGAAUACGUCUGUGAACAGCAGCUUGGGCCCCAGGGUAAGGGACCUUCGUACGUUUAUCGCCUAGCUAUUGGGAGCGGGGGCAAUAGCCCGCAUAUUGAAGUAUGGUCUACGGACACUGCACGAGGCUUCUUGGCAAGAGAUCUGGAUCACAUCAUUGACCUUGGCUGCUUAAGGUUCCAAGAAGAUGAUGGAAAGCGCGUUGCCGGGAAAUAUGUGAUACCCGCUAACGUCUCUCCCUGA